UCGCGUUCCACGCGAGUGUAUGGAAUAUCCUGCUGGCGAGGCAGUGAUUAGCUCGUUAGCCAACUAGCUAUCCAUUUGCGAGUUAACGGAGAAGAAACAGUUAGACCAGAAGACAGUCUAACGUAGCUUGCUGUAAUUUUAAGAUAACAACGUUAGUACAUUCAAUCGGUCGAUGUGUGGCUAUAAAGCAAUCAAUGAAGAUGCUAUCUCGAAUUGCUAGCUAAUAUAGUUAGCUAGCUAGCUGGCUGGAUACCUAGAAUUAGCUAGCUAGCUAGCCAUCUUCAUUGCUAAAAAAAAGAAAAUUGCGACUCCUUCCUGCUAGCUGGUGGGCUAUUUUGUAAUAUUAGCAAAUCAGUUUGCUAGAUAUCGUAGCUGUCUUCCAGCUCCUCUACAAGCUGCAAGAAAACUGGACCAUAGCUAGCUGCACAGUACAGAAAAGAGAAUGGAGCCGUCACAGCAGGCCGCCCCUGACCCGGCCUCGCAGGAAGUGAAUCCUGUCUACCUUCAGCAGCUGCGCGAGCUGGACAUUCCCGAGGAGGCAGCCAAGCAGGCUCUGUUACAUACCAGGAAUGUGUCUGCAGAGGAAGCUGCCAUGUACUACUUCAACAAGCUGGAAAACGAGGAGGAAGGGGAUGAGGACCUGAUCUACAAGAUGGUGUUUGUUGUGAAUAUGGAUCUGUCCAUGGGGGUGGGAAAGGUAGCUGCGCAGGUGGGGCACGCUGCGGUGGGGCUCUACCAGGCUCUGCAGGAGAAGAACAGCUGGAGAGAGAUGGCGUGGAAGUGGGACCGCACUGGGGCGCAGAAAGUGGUGAUGCAGGGUACAAACAUGGCACACCUCCUGGAGCUCCAGGCCCUGGCAAUGAGUCUCAGUCUCCCCACCUACCUGGUGCAGGAUGCUGGACAGACCCAGGUGGAGCCGGGGUCACGCACUGUUCUGGCCCUCAUUGGCGAGGAGGAGCUGGUCAGCAAUGUGACCGGGAGCCUGAAGCUGCUCUGAGGGCCGCGAGGUGGCUUGCUGCACAGUGGACGGGGCGAACAGCAGAGGGCAGCAUCGGCUUUCAGCGGGAGGGGUCUUGGAACGUUAGAGAGCUGUAAAGCUGAAAUCUUAAAGUGAUACUCACAGCCAUUUUUUAUUCUAUUCCAUUACCAUGCCACGCUGAACAGAGGUGAGAGGAGAGCUACAUAAGCCAAGAGGAAAAACCGGCUCGUAGGCUGAACAGAACUGGCUGUAAUUAAUCAAUUUGAAAGACGCAUGAACAUAAGAAAAUUGCAGAAGCAGGCAUGACAGUGAGAACGGUAACCAUGAAUUGAAAUUAGCUCGGUUAUUAAAUUAGAUGAGAACCAUAACAUCUAUAUCCACAUCCCCGAUUAAAUACAAAAUGCCCUGUCAAAUACAACUGCAGGAUGGUAGGUAUCAGUUUAUGGGUCUUUUUGGUUAUUUAUGAUCCCAAGUAGUGAAGGUUAUUCAAAAUGUACUUGUAACUAUUGUAUGAGUGUGAGUGAUAAGCAGGACCAUUAACUGUUACAGUAUUAACAAGGAGGACUAUCAUUCCUUUUGUAGUUAUGUGCCCAUGCAGUAGAUAUUGAUCUUACCUUAGGAAAACACUAGCAAACAGACUUAUGACAGCAUAUAUUCAUGCAUACAGGCUGUUUCAGGUUAUGCAUUUUCUCUGCUGUGCCAUCUCCAGUGUCCCCAUGCCUUCAGUAUUUUUAGUUUGUUUUAUUUUGGGAACAGGGGAAAAAAAACAUGUGAUUUACUUGUUCUUUUUUCCCUAUAAUUCCCAGUCUGUCAGGAUGGGUCGAAGCAUAAUUACAGUCAUUUUAUUUGCUCGCUGAGCUUGCCCUAAAGCAUUUCCGUUGCUGCUUUUUCCAUCCUACUGUCCUGCCCCACCAGCCUCUCCCCCCCCAUGAUUCGUUGAUAGAAUGGGACAGGUGGAUCCUCUCAGUUGUUAUACAUUACGGUCCACGGAGGAGGAAGGAAAGGGGUUUUCUCUCUGCUGCCAGCGGAGGGUGUGUUUCUUGUUGAUUGAUGGCACUCUUCACGAUUGCAGGCUUUAGGUGUGCAACCGCAUUGAGAGGACUGUGCAUGAUUCCACCAGGUAUACUCAUACACACACACACGCCUACAUUCCCCCUUAGUUUCCCUUUAUGGAGUGUAGAAUGGAUUGGAAACCCUUUUCCUGGAAUAUUUCAUGUCCUUGCAUGAUGAAAUUCAGGUUACCUUGAGCUCAAGGUCUCCUGCAUUAUUUUAACCGAAUAAUUGACUCUAUAGGGUAAUUAAGAACUUGGAUGGCACAAAACCAGAAGCGUCUCGCACACCAGGACAAGGGAUGCUUUUCGCUUAGGGUAGAGGGAGUUCAUCCACUCCAGAGUGAAAGGACUGACUUAUGCAUCAUCGUGUGCUUUAUGCUAAUGACAGACAUAAGACAAUGCAUCGCUAUUAUGUAAAACGGCCAAUUCAUGCUGUAACGUGCAUUCCUUACUUUUUUCAUUGUUGUUGAUAGUAACAUUUGUGACAGUCAUUUACGUUUGACAGUAAUGUUGUUGUUCUAUUAUAUAAUG